GGAACAAUCGAUUUUUUUCACAAAUCAUAUUAUCAGAAUGGACAAAAAUGUAUAAACAAAACCAUUUUCGAUGAAAAGGAAGUUCACCUAGUGAACUAGUUUUCUUAAAAGUUGUGAUACCUUGGAUUGAUUAUGAUGUAUGAAAUAUGAAUAAAUAUGAAACGGCAAAAUGUUCGUACCCUUUCGUUGAUUGUAGUGACAUUUACGUACUUACUGUUUGGAGCUGCUAUUUUUGAUGCUCUGGAAUCAGAAUUCGAAGUAACUGAAGAUGUCCGUCUACGAGAGAGUGCUGAGAGUUUACGAAGCAAAUACAACAUAACAAUUGAUGAUUUUGAAAGGAUUACGCAACUGGGAAUACAAAUGAAGCCAUAUAAGGCUGGUACUCAGUGGAAAUUUGCUGGAGCAUUUUACUUCUCAACCACAGUGAUAACUACUAUAGGCUAUGGUCACAGUACACCGAAAACGGUUGGUGGUAAAGUAUUCUGUAUGUGUUAUGCUCUGCCGGGUAUCCCAUUAUGUCUUAUCAUGUUUCAAAGUAUCGGUGAACGUAUGAAUACAAUUAUAACAUAUAUCUUACAAAAGUUUAAUGUUCUGUGCAAGAUAAAAAAGGUCAUAUCACAAACCCAUUUAAUGAUCGUUAGUUUCACAAUUGGUUCAACAGUACUCACUAUUGGUGCCGUCGUGUUUUCACGUUAUGAGGACUGGGAUUAUCUGGAUUCGUUUUACUAUUGUUUUGUUACACUGACUACAAUUGGUUUCGGCGAUUUUGUAGCUUUACAGAGGAAUAACUCACUGGCUAAACGUCCGGACUACGUUGCGUUUAGUUUGAUAUUCAUCUUAUUUGGCUUAACUGUGGUCAGUUCAGUUAUGAACCUCUUAGUGUUAAGAUUUUUAACCAUGAAUACAGAAGAUGAAAAACGUGACCAACUAGAGGCAGCUGUACAUGCACAAGAAUUACAACGUUUGCGUGGGGAUGUUAUAAGUGCUGAUAAACAGAUGGAAUGGCAGCAACAUUCAUCACCUCCGACAACACAACUAAUGCUUAAACAGUUACAACAAAUCAAUGAUGGUAGCUGCAACCUUCAAAGUUACCGGCAGAACAAUAUGAAUAACCUCGUUAACUAUAACCAAAUCAUGUCAGUAUCUAAUUCACAUGGUUCAAUGCAGAUUGAGUCAUUCAAAACAACAGCAAAAGCAGAGAAUUACACUAUUAACAACGCAGUUGAAUUGUAUCAUGACUGCUCGAAUCAAGACAAUGCUAAAAUAUUUAAUUUCUGUUUACGUUGUUUGAAAAAAAUACAGUCUUCCUCACCUGGUGUUUUGACCUCACCCUCAGCUACAGAUAAUAGUAAUCUUAACCAUAAACUUGAAGGGAGUUUAAUAUUAUCACCGGUGACAUGUAACAAUAUCAGUAGUAAUCGACAUGACAAAUCAAAAGAUGUUUGCGACAGUUGUUACCAUAACAACAAGCAGUUCCCGUUGAGUUAUUAUGUUGAACAUCCUCACCAACGGUUGACUCACCAUCAGCCAUUUGUAGUUUACGAUGAAGUAACACGAAGAAUUCCUACCAGUAUGCAUGAAGAGAAUUCUGCAAAUGAGUUACCGAAUUCCCCGAAUUCUUUGAACAGUGAAUCAUACUGUGAAAAUCAUUUUAUCUAUCCGGACUGUAGAGAUCAUUCUUCUCAUGCUCAUCCAUCUUUGACUUCCAAAAUGUCUCCAUUAACAAUGCACAGAUAUUCGUUUGACCGUAAUUGCACACGUGAACCUUUACAUGGCAAUCAACUUUAUACUCCUCUUCAAAGGUAUGCAACCAAUCAAGAAGAAGACAGUGAAGACGGAUUUGAAGUUAAUAAUCAAUCGGUACAUAAAACCUGUCUACAUGAUGAUAUAGAAAAUCAUACUCAUCUAUAUUCUUUAUUAAAUCAAGAGUGUAUUGUGUGUUCAAAUAAUUCAGUGUCGGAUUAUUAUCUAAGAAAUCAUGAAUUGAGUUCAUCCGAUCAUUUCAGUUUACCAAAUAAGCACAGUAAGCGGAAAAAAUUCUUUUCCGACCCUAUGCAUCCAUCUUUCAGUUCAGACGGUUUAAAACCCCUCAAUCAUAACCUAAUUCCAAGACAGUCUUCAGAAACGCAUCUUUUAUCAUUAUUAUCAACACAACCACCGCCAGUAUCAUCGAUAACCAAGUUAUCACCUUCACUUAACCAUUAUGCAGAUCCAUUUAACCCUGAUCAGUCGUUUGUAAAUAGUCUUCCUAACCACCAAAAUCCUUCUGAGUUAAUGAAUUCACAAUCUAAGUUAAGUACUUUAAAUAUGAGUCCAGUUUUAUACUUAUCCUAUAAACGUUUUCCUAGAAUUCAUCAAGAACAGCAGAGGGAAGUGUUUGAGAAAAAGAACUGUGAGAAGGAAGAUAAAGAGCAACGUCUACUUGACGAAAGUACAAAACAAACAAGUAGGCAAUUUCAUACUGAUGUAUUACUAACAAAUGAUGUCAUUAAUUUUGAAGAUGACCUAAAGUCAUCAGUAAACCCUUUAGUAUUUGAAACAUUUCAGUAUAUGCCUACAAAGAGACGCGUAUCUAUCUGAAAGCAUAAAACAUUGUUGAAUUAUCAAUAGCAAUUAUUUCAGUACUACAUUAUUACUGCUAUUAUUAUUAUUAUUAUUAUUAUUAUUAUUAUUAUUAUUAUUAUUAUUAUUAUUAUUA